UUCCAUCCGCAAUCUGUGCCUUUUUAUCCCUCACAUUAAAAUUGAACAAUCUCCGUUUCGCGAUUCCUUUCAAUUUGGAUGCAAAUAUUCAAUCGGAAAUGUGCAAAUGGCGCCAAGCGGUCGCCAUUUUUGUUAAAGUGUAAGUCGUAAGUGGCCUGCGGACGCGAGAUUUCGAGAAAACGUGGUGUGCUCUCGCGAAAAUCGUUGGAAAACUCAAUAGAAAGGAGAAAUAAUGUGUCCCCCAGUGAAUCGAAAAGAAUACUGAGUUUUAAACACGAAAAUGCAAGCAGAGAGCAUUUGUACAAGCGAUAUCGAUGGACUUGAAGAGGCACUCAUUCCCGUGGAAAUUUUCUGCGAUGUUACACAAAGAAGUCGCUCACAGGAUGCCUUGACAAUAGUUGAAUUAGGAAAGAAACUGCUUGAGUGUGCGAAAAAUGGAGCCACUGAUAUGGUCAGAGAUCUCAUGUGUAGAGGUGCACCAUUCACCACCGAUUGGUUGGGAACGAGCGCUUUGCAUUUGGCGGCUCAGAGAAAUCACACCGACACUGCUGAGGUUUUACUUAGAGCAGGGAUAUCGAGAGAUGCCAGGACGAAAGUAGAUCGUACUCCUCUUCAUAUGGCUGCUUAUGAGGGCCAUCACGAGAUGGCGCAGCUGCUUCUCAAAUACGGAGCGGAUGUCGACAGCAGAGAUAUGCUGAAAAUGACACCUCUACAUUGGGCAGUGGAGAAACAGAACAUGGAAGUGAUCCAAGUUUUAUUGGAAUAUGGGGCUGAUCCGAACGCAGGGAGUAAAUUUAACAAGACACCAACGAGCAUCGCUCUGGAGCACAAUCUCCUCGAUUUGGUGACCGUUUUGGAACAGAAAAGAGCCGAUCCCUUCCAUCAGGGUCAGGCUUGUGCAGUUGAGCUGGAAGUUGCGACCCAAAAUUUAAUGGAUCUCGAGGCUGAGAGGCAGAAGGAACAGGAUAAACUGGAAUUGCAGGAGCAAGUGCAGAAACGGAAACAUAAUUCCGCAGGAAAGAAGGAGAGAGUGAUCUUUCGACAAAUUCCAAUUUCGUCAGCGAGCGACGAAGAUCAUGAGUUUGAGUUGGGAAAAGUGACGAGUGUGAAUAACAAUGCGGGACAGGGAAGUAACAAUAAGAGGCAUCAGAAGGAUUUGGAGGGAAUGGAUUUGGAUCAGCCACUGAAAUUUCUUCAGUCACAUGGCAUCACAAUGAUGAUGGAUAAUGAUAAUACCAUUGUUGAGAAUGCAAUGGAGAGUGGGCAGACAGUUGUGCUCACAGGUAAUUAUCCCAAAAACCAUUAUCUCAAAGGCAAUACCGCGGAUUAUGUUCUGCCGUUAAAUUCAAAAAACAAUUUGUUCACAGAGGCGGGAAAGUUGGCCCUGAACUUAACGCGAGCGCCGCCCAUCAAUCUGAAACGACUGCAACUUGGCGGCACGAAAAAAGUCGCCACGAAAAAAGUAAUUGCAAUUCGAGCCGAUCAGUUUGUCGCCACUCACAAUUACAGUCAGAGUCAGCAUGAGAAUUUAAAUCUAAAUUUGAAUCUCUUGUCGCAGAGUCAGAAUUUGCCGCAAAAUCAGAAUCUCCCGCUCAAUCAGAAUCCGCCGAGUUUGACACCCCGAGCGCCCAACAUACUCAAGAGGAACUCGAUCGAGAGCAAAACUGGAAAGUUGUACUUUACCUCGCAUCCCAAUUCCGCCUCGGGUAUUCCCACGCUCACCAAAUCGAAGCAUUCAAUAUCUAAGAAUAUCGUGCAUCUACCAAAAUCGAAAGUGUCGUCAGAACCAGUGAUAUUACGUCUAGAUGAUGAAAUAGAAGAAAUUAUAGAUGACGACAGCGUAUUGGAAGAUAAUACCGAACCAGUGACUGACAUUGCCGUGCUUAAUAGACAAUUAGCCGAAGCUAGAAGAGAAAUUGCCGAGUACAAAAAACGAUUCCAGAAAAAGGCCGAGGAAGCGGAAGUGUACAAGCAACAGAUCAAAAAUUUCACCGCGCAGAAGGCGAACCAUUGAUUUUUUUAAUUGGACUUUAUAGGAUAUUAUUAUAAUUAUAUAAUACUGAUGUGGCUAACCUUUCAAGAGGCCUCAGUCAUAUAAUUAGCAGUGAUUUUUCUCACCAUUUUUCCUAGGAUCAUCCGUUACUUCCACUCAAAAAACAGGGCCUAAAAUUUAAAAUAUUAUUUUCUUUGGUCCACAAUUGAUCUAAAUUCCGAUUUAUUCUGUUAAAUGUUUUUGAAAAAGGGAGGGGAAUUUGGAUUUAAAUUAAUGUGGAGGUAUUAUA